AUGGAAACUUUCAUUUUAAAAUUCCGGUCCGAAUGGAAUAUUAUUUCCUCUAAAAUGUCGGAACGUUCUCGUUGUGUUUUUCUCCAGUUUCUCCUUAUGAAUGGGACCGUCGUUUGGUUCAUGAAGAUCUUUUUAGUACUCCUGAAGCUCUCCAAUUUGACCUGCUUUCUUUAG